AUGGCCUCCGGAGAGCCCGCAAAGACCUACAAGGUCGCCGAUAUCAACCUCGCGGCCUUUGGUCGUCGUGAGAUCGAGCUGGCCGAGCAGGAGAUGCCAGGUCUCGUUGCCACCCGCCAGAAGUACGCCCAGGAGCAGCCUCUCGCCGGUGCUCGCAUCGCUGGUUGCUUGCACAUGACCAUCCAGACCGCCGUCCUCAUCGAGACCCUCAAGGCUCUCGGUGCUGAGAUCACCUGGACUUCCUGCAACAUCUUCUCCACUCAGGACCACGCCGCCGCCGCUAUCGCCGCCGGUGGCACCCCUGUCUUCGCCUGGAAGGGUGAGACCGAGGAGGAGUACCAGUGGUGCUUGGAGCAGCAGCUCAAGGCCUUCCCAUCUGGCAAGCCCCUCAACCUCAUCCUCGACGAUGGCGGUGACCUUACUGCCCUCGUCCACACCAAGUACCCCGAGAUGCUCGAGGGCUGCUACGGUGUCUCUGAGGAGACCACCACCGGUGUCCACCACCUCUACAAGAUGCUCAAGAACAAGGGCAAGCAGAACGGCCUCCUCGCACCCGCCAUCAACGUCAACGACUCCGUCACCAAGAGCAAGUUCGACAACCUCUACGGCUGCAGAGAAUCUCUCGUCGAUGGUAUCAAGCGUGCCACCGAUGUCAUGAUUGCGGGCAAGAUCGCUGUCGUUGCCGGUUACGGUGAUGUCGGCAAGGGCUGCGCUGAUGCUCUCCACGCCAUGGGUGCCCGUGUCCUUGUCACUGAGAUUGACCCAAUCAACGCUCUCCAAGCCGCCAUGGCCGGCUUCCAGGUUGUCACCAUGGAGGAGGCAGCACCAAUCUCGCAGAUCUUCGUCACCACCACCGGCUGCCGAGACAUCAUCGUUGGCAAGCACUUCGAGGUCAUGCGUGAGGACGCCAUCGUCUGCAACAUUGGCCACUUCGACAUUGAGAUUGACGUUGCCUGGUUGAAGAAGACCGCCAAGGAGACCGUCAGCAUCAAGCCACAGGUCGACCGCUUCCUCAUGCCCAACGGCCGCCACAUCAUCCUCCUCGCUGAGGGCCGUCUCGUCAACCUUGGCUGUGCUACCGGCCACAGCUCCUUCGUCAUGUCCUGCUCUUUCACUAACCAGGUCCUCGCCCAGAUCAUGCUUUACAAGGCCGGCGACAAGGCCUUCGCCAAGAAGUACAUCGAGUUCGGCCGUGCCGUCGAUGAUGAGGAGGUUGGUCUCCCCAAGAAGAAGGACGAGAACGAGCCAAAGACCUCGGUCGAGCGUCUCCCAACCGGCGUCUACACCCUGCCCAAGAUCCUCGACGAGCAGGUCGCUCUCCUCCACUGCGAGCACGUCAACGUGCACCUCACCAAGAUGACCCCAGUGCAGGCCGAGUACAUGAGCUUGCCAGUCGAGGGUCCCUUCAAGAGUGAGAUGUACCGUUACUAG